GCUGUCGGCACUGAGGCUGCAGCUAUCAUGGUGAACUUACUUCAGAUUGUGCGGGACCACUGGGUUCAUGUUCUUGUCCCUAUGGGAUUUGUCACUGGAUGUUAUUCAGACAGAAAGAGUGAUGAACAGCUAACUACCUUCCAGAACAAGAGCAUGUUAUUUAAAAGGGAAUUGCGACCCAGUGAAGAAGUCACCUGGAAGUAA